GACAGCUCUGGGUCAUUGACAAUUACCUGUUGUUCUGCUCCCUUCCUCCCAGAUGACCACUGUCUUGAGCUUGGUUUUUAUUAUUCAAAACUGGGCUUUGUAAACAGAGUCUUGUGUUUUCCCACAGCCAUCUGCAUCAUAUUGGUGCAUUUGCUGAUCCGGUACAGACUGCACUUCUUGCCUGAGAGUGUUGCCGUUGUUUCUCUAGGUAUUCUCAUGGGAGCAGUUAUAAAAAUAAUAGAAUUUAAAAAACUGGCAAAUUGGAAGGAGGAAGAGACAUUCCGUCCAAAUAUGUUUUUCCUGCUCUUGCUCCCACCGAUCAUCUUUGAGUCUGGAUAUUCACUACACAAGGGUAACUUCUUUCAGAAUAUCGGGUCCAUCACUCUGUUUGCUGUUUUUGGUACAGCCAUCUCUGCUUUUGUAGUAGGUGGAGGAAUUUAUUUCCUGGGUCAGGCUGAUGUAAUCUCUAAACUCAACAUGACAGACAGUUUUGCAUUUGGCUCCCUGAUAUCUGCCGUGGACCCAGUGGCCACCAUUGCAAUUUUCAAUGCACUGCACGUGGACCCAGUGCUCAACAUGCUGGUGUUUGGAGAAAGUAUUCUCAAUGACGCAGUCUCCAUUGUCCUGACCAAGCCUCUCAUUCUGUGCGGUGAGUGUCCAGGGCAGGACUCCUGGAUCAUGUGACAAGCAGCCCUUUAUCAGGGAUCACUCUCCUCUCAAGUGAGUGUCAGUAAUCAUGCUGAACGUUGUAACUGGCCAUUCUCAGUUUUACUCACAAGUUCAGCAAAAAUGUUUUGUGUGUCUUUUGUGUGCUGAGCUAAGCUGUGCGCCCUUGAUCUAUGUCAGUGAACAGGUGGACACAGGCUUGGUCCUCAUGGAGACUCACUGCAGUUUUCACACACUGUGAAGAAGUCCGACCCAUGUGGACCUAUAAAUGGCCUGGCCUGUAUGGAGGGGCAAGGCAGGUGUCCUGUGCCAGUGGCAUUGACCUUGGGUCCUGAGGGACAAGUGGGGACCUUAGCUGGGGUUGGGGAAGGGGAGGAUGACCUUCCCCAGGGAAGUGCCAGUUACAGGAUGGGCCACCAUAAAUGGAGAGGAGAUGUGCUCAGGGAGGUCAGAAAAACCUAGUCAUACUGAGAACAAUGGGCUUCUAAAAGCAUUGUGUAACUGCUGAGGAAUGUUAGGCAGGGUGGUAACCCCUCAGCUGUGCCUUUUAAAGGGCUCACCCAGGCUGCUGAGUGCUGGUCUGCAGGAAGAUCCUGAUGU